AUGGUGAAGGUAGGAAUCGUGUUGGAACAAAUAGAUAGGUUGGAUUUUGGCUUGCUAGAUAAUUACUUGAAUUUAUGUCUGCAGGAGCUGAUGUGCGAUAUUAAUAAUGGUGAAUUAGAUAUUAUUCUAAUGAAAAGAUUCACGUCAUACACUUAUUUGGACAAUAUCUUAGGUACUUUAUACACAAGAAGCAGAGAUGUUCUGAUGAUGCUGAAUUUGCCAUUGGUACCAAUAAAUAUCUUAUUAUACCAACAAUCGAUGCCAAUAAUUGGAACCUUGCAUUGGGAUGUAUUGUACGUAUGCAGUGAAGAUGUUAAGGAGAAAAUGGCGAGUGAUAAAUAUAUAUCGUAUGAAGAACCUGUAACGUCUACGAUCCAAGAAAAGAUCGUUGGAGAAAAUGAUAAAACAGAAAACCAAUAUUCAGUCAGUGCCCUUGGGGGAACGUUUGAUCAUUUACACGAUGGGCAUAAGAUUUUACUAACCGUCGCUAGUUUUUUAACAGAGCAUAGACUGAUUGUUGGAAUCACAGAUAAAGAGUUAUUAGCCAACAAGUCGUUUGCAGAAUACUUGGAACCCUUUGAGACAAGAUCUCAUAAUGUGACAAAGUUUUUGGAAUUAAUGAACCCUGCAUUAAGCAUUGAAGUGACACCGUUGAAAGACGUCUGUGGUCCUACUGGCAGGGUGCCAGAACUAGAGGCCUUAAUAGUCAGUCGUGAAACUAUCAAAGGUGGUGAGAUUGUCAACAAAGAAAGAGUAACCAAAGGUCUAGCCCCAUUAGAGAUAUGCAUAGUGAACGUAUUAGGAGGCCAAGAAGGUGACAAUUGGUCGGAAAAGUUAAGUAGUACAACCAUGCGGAAAUACAUAGCUUCAAAGUAA